ACCUGUGGGAGGAGUGUGAGUGUCGCUAGCCUAUAUGUGUUUCCCUCGCUAUCGAACCAUGGAUUCGUGUUUAUGUGCAGUGUGAUCCCGUGAUAAGAGCCAAGAUGAAGACAGAUAAAGUUGGCAAGCGCACGGCAGUGUUUCAAGUGUCGAGGGUUCUCUGGCACCUGGACAUCUUCCGACGGAGUUUCCGUGAACUGAACGGACACGCGUGUAUGGCAGAAGCUUGCAUCUUCUGCGCUCUUAAGGAACUCUUCUCUCAGCUACAGUACAGCCAUGAGUCCGCGCUGCCGCCCGACGCCCUCCGCCGCGCCCUCGCCCAGACCUUCUACAACCAGCAGCGCUUCCAGCUGGGCUUCAUGGACGACGCCGCCGAGUGCUUCGAGAACAUUCUGCUGCGGAUCCACUUCCACAUCGCCAGCGGGGAGGCCGAGGACAUGUGCAACGCGCGCCACUGCAUUCCGCACCAGCGCUUCGCCAUGACGCUGGUCGAGCAGAGCGUCUGCGGCGACUGCGGGGCCACGUCCGAGCCGCUGCCCUUCACGCAGAUGGUGCACUACGUGUCGGCCUCGGCGCUCACCGCACAGGCCAGGCAGAUGCAGGACCCCGCCGUGUCGGGCUCGCAGCCGCAGGUCUCCCUCGACAUGUUCGGCCAGCUCCUGAAGAAGGCCGGCGGCAUGGGGGACAUCAGAGAUUGCCCUAGCGCCUGCGGGGCCAAAAUACAGAUCUGCCGGACGCUGAUGAACCGGCCCGAGAUCGUGUCCAUCGGCGUGGUGUGGGACUCAGAGCGGCCGACGCUGGAGCACAUCAUGGCCGUGUUCGCCACCGUGGGCACGACGCUGCGACUCCGCGACGUGUUCCAGAGUGUUGUGGACGACCGCUGGGCUCAGCACACGCAACACCAGCUGGUCGGAGUUGUCACCUACUACGGAAAGCAUUACUCCACCUUCUUUUAUCACACGAAGCUCCGAGUGUGGAUAUACUUCGACGAUGCGACAGUACGAGAAAUAGGGCCGCACUGGGAGCAGGUCGUCGACAAGUGUCGUCGCGGCCACUUUCAGCCCCUCCUGCUGCUCUAUGCCAAUCCCAGUGGCACGCCCGUGCCCGUCGACACAGCCCCACGGACGGUGUCCCUCGUGCCGGGCCACCGGACCAGCAACCGGGCAGCGCAGCCUCCCCAUAAAGGCUCGGCGGCCGGGGAGCCCUACUCGCAGGCCACGACCCGCCGCGCCGUCACGCCCAACCCCGAGAAGUGCGUGGACGUGAGCGGGCCGACGCCGCGGCGCGCCAUCACGCCCAGCCCCGAGGUGGCGGCCCAGCGCGACGGCCACCGCGACUACCAGAACAUCCACACCGUGACGCAGGUGUACCAGGACGGCGCCGGCGAGGCUCACAGCGACGACGUGUUCGACCAGGGCACGUCCAACUACCGGCGGCAGCUGGAGAGCAUCAAACAGAGCGGCUCCGUGCUGCCGAACAAGCCCAGCAUCCCCGGCCGCGGCAGACUCGACUCCGACGACUCCGUCUACGCCGGCAGGAGGAACGACUCGCAGCGGCAGGAGCGCCAGCGGUCCGUCAGCUGCAGCGGCAGCGGCUACAAUCAGCACGGCAACAGAAACAGCAAUUCGUCCCUCGAGCAGUUCGAGAAGGACGGCCUCAAGAUGCCCGAGGGAGGAAACGUCCCGCGGCGCCGCGACUCCGGCAACUGGAGCGGCGACCGGAACAGCGCAUCGUCGUCGUCGUCGACGUCGCUCGAGAAUCCGUACCUGUUCAUCGUGGGCAAGGCCGGCCGCCAGCCCCCCUCGCCCACCGCCAAGGCGCCGCCCAGCCCCUCGCGCGGCGACCACCCCGAGUAUGCGAAUCUGGGCGUGGGCGUCCCCGGGCACCCGCACAACCACGCCCCCAGCGGGCAGCAGCCCAGCGCGGCGCCCAACGGCCAGUACGACCCCGGCUACGACUCCUACUCGCUCUCUUCGAACGACUCCUAUCCAAUUCAGCAGAAUCUGAAGCAUAACUUGCAGCAGCUUCAACAAAUCCCAGAAUGUGUGCAGGCGAGCGACAGCCCCGGAACGUACACGGGCGGGAGUCAGCAAGAUAGCAGCAGCGUCAGCACCCUUACAGAAAGCGAGGCUGGAGGAAACUGCGAGGCUUUGUGCCUGGCUGCGGACUCGCUGCUGGAGGAAGCCAGAGCGCGCGAGGAGGCCGGAGACCUUCCCGGCGCCCUCGACCUGUGCAAUGCCGCGGCGGCCAAGACCCGAGCCGCCAUGGACGCCCCCUACAACAACGCCCACUCGCUGACCUUCGCGCGCAUGAAGCACAACACGUGCGUCAUGCGGGCGAGGUCGCUGCACCGACGCAUCCUCAUCCAGGAGGAGACUGCAGCGUGGGAAGGCCAAUACAAAAUGGAUGCGCCCCACCACAGUCGCCAAGGCUCGCGAGACUCGCAGAGGUCCCGCACCAGCCGCCAGGGCUCGCGCGAGGGCUCCGUCCACCACAGCCGCCAAGGGUCCCGCGAUGCCUCCAGCGGCUCCCAGGCCAGGUCGCAGGACCAGCUGGACACGGCCGUCACCCUGGCACAGACGGCUGAGAAGUUGCAGACGACGAACAUUGAAAUCUACGCAACUCUGCCCAAGAAGGGAAAGAAAGCGUCGGAGAAGAUGGCGAAGAAGGAGGACGUGGAAGUGCACAUCGAGAGGCCGAAGGAGAAGAAGGCGGCCGAGAAGACGAAGGAGAAGGCCCACAAGGACAAGAAGAGCUCCAAGUCCCGCGCCGUGGACAGCGACUACGCCAGCGACCACAGCUCCAAGAGUUCGAAGAAGGGAGCCGACAAGGACGACGUGAACGCCAUCGUGGAGGUGAAGGAAGAGAAGCCGAUCGGGAAGAAGCAGCACAAGGUCAGGCGGAAGCUGCUGAUGGGCGGCCUCAUCCGGCGCAAGAACCGCAGCAUGCCGGACCUGCGCGAGGGCCAGGACGGAGAGAACCCGAAGGCGGCCACCGAUGACCUGGAAGUCCGGAGCUUCUCCCGACCGACCAACACCAUGGCGGGCUACCUGAGCGAGGGCCACCUGGAGUACAGCAACCCGAACCUGGAGCGCAGCAAGCUCAUGAGGAAAAGCUUCCACGGCAGCGUCGGCAAGGGGCUCUCCCCGGCCAAGAACGCCGCGGCCCUGAAGGUGCCUCCUCCCAUACCCCAGCGCAUCAAUUCCCAGCUUUCACAGAACGAAAAGAAUCAGAUUUCACAGAAGAACGACAAAAACAGCCGAAAAGACGAGAAGAAGCGAGAGAAGCGGCCGCCAUAUCCUCUCCCUCCCAGUGACAUUGAGCAGGAGAACCCGCCCGCCCUUCCGCCUCGCUGCUACACGCCAGAGAUCGUAAACAACAACAAUAACAAUAACAUGCUGAAGACUGAACCACAGUCGCUGCCGUACAUCCACACGCAAAUGCAGCAGUACGAUACCUACCAGACCAACUCUCUUCCUUACAACAACCCGAUGUACCCGGAGCAGCAUCACCAGCAGCCGCCAGGUACACCGACGCAGAUAACCGUUUGCGCCGACGUCCACCAAGAGGCCACUCCGAGGGAGGCCCAGCAGCAGAUGACCUACCAGCAGCUGCAUCACCAUCAACAGCAGCAGUAUGCUCAGCAGUCUCACAAACAAGAGCCGAAAAUGCAGCAGCGACAAGACGAUUUCCAGCAACUGCAUCAGCAGCAGCAGCAACUUUAUUCCAAACAGAAUCAGCAGAAUCACGUGUCUUCAUCUUGGCCUGAGAUCUCGCACUCAAGGCAAAGCAGUGAAGACUUUCCUCCUCCUCCUCCUCCACUGGAGGAGGCUGUGGAGGAUCUGAAAAUUCGGGGACUCCUCCCCCCGCCCCCGCCAGAGUCCAGGGCUACACCCGAGGCCCACAGCGCCCCCGAGCCCUCGAGUCUGUUGGCUCAGCUCCAGCAGAAGCGGCAGCAGAUUGUCGAGAGCAAGGACACGAAUGGCGCCACGACUGAUGAUCGGGUGAAGCCGUUGCCGCCGAAGAGCAGCGGCGAUUGGCUGCAUGAGCUGCAGGCCAAGCAGGCAGCCAUGCGCAAGAAAAUGCAAGAACAAAACGGACCCGCGUCGGGGGCACAAUCUGAGGUGAAAGAGAACAACAGCAACAGUGCAAAGGAGAACAAUAUCAAUUCUGUAAGGAACUUGGCCUCCAAGUUUGAGAAUGUGAGUGUGUCUACGACGAAACCUGAAGCAGGCCAAGACGAGGUCGACAGCCGUCUUGCGCCUCCUGCCCCUCAGCCCUCGCGCGAGGAAGUGACAGAGCGGCAGCGUGUUGUGAGUAAAGAAAUGUUCACGAGAGAAUACACCCAGUGUAACUCUUUACAGUUUCCGUCCCACAGUGGGCAUGAGAGCAGACUUAGUUCCUCUUAUCGGACACGGACCGAACACAGUGAAAGUGUUAAUGCUAGUAAUAAGGAUAGUGUUAGUGACAGUGCCAAAGAAGAUUCUGAACUUAACACAAGCACAGACACGACGUCUAGCGAUGGCGCUAAAAAGAAAAAAUCCAAGAAGAGUGUGACCUUCUGUGACCAGGUGGUGCUCGUCGCGACGGCCGAGGACGAGGAGGAGGACGCCUACAUCCCCAACCCGAUCCUCGAGAGGGUCCUGAAGUCCGCGAUGACUUCCUCGAUGUCUGACACGGACACUUCCUCCUGUGGAGAACCUGUGAGCCCGAGACAGAAUGGCCCCACUCAGUCCUCAAAGCCCAACGUGCCCACACCUCAGGCGAGCCCCCACUACCAGUCUGUCCCUUCCCAGCCCCAGCAGCAACCCCAGCCUCAACCCCAACCCCAGUCCCAGCCCCAGCCUCAGUCCCACUUCCCUCCGGCGCCGCCACAGACGCACGCCACCCAGAGUUACCCCAACCAGCCUGCCCAUUACCAGCCCCACCCCCACCCUCCCCACCCGCACCCCGCGCAGUCUUACCCCCCGCAGUCUGCCGGCCAGCAUCCAGCUCAAGCCUACACCAGCCAGUCCCACUCUGCUCAACCCCACCACACCCAGCCUCUGCACGCCCACACGCACCCAUCCCACCCUCACCAGACUCAUGGCCAACAGUACCAGCAGCCACCUCAGAGUAACGGUGGGCAGGUGAGGCUGCCGCCACCCUACCAGCCUCCCCCCAGUGUCUCCAAACCCCUGAGCUCACAUGUCCCUCCCAGCCAUGGCCAGGGCAGUCAGAUGCCCCACGUCGUCCAUGGGCAGAGCCAGCCGCGUACCCUCUCCAAUGGCCUCCACCCCGGGCAGAUGCCUCAUCUGAUUCCGGCGGCCAGGCCGGGGCAACAGCAGCAGCCACACCACAGACACGCUCCAGGACAGCAGCAGCAGCAGCCUCCGCCACAUCACUACCAGCAGCAACCGCAGCAGAGAGCGUCCGCUGUCCCCUACCCCGGGAUGAUGACUCGCCAGAACAGCAGCCUUGGAUUCCAACACCACUCGGAAACAGAGCGAACGUUCCCUCCCUACCAGCGAGUGCCACAUCCGGGCCAUACGCAGGGCCAGCCACAGGCACACCCCCAAAUGCACCAAGCCAUGCAUUCGCAGAGUCGUUCUGGCCUGCCGCCCCACAACCACACAUCGUCUGCGGCAUACAACCGUCAGCAGCAGUCCGGCCAUCCAGGACAGCAGCAGGUUCCUCACGGACACUCGCUGCAGCAGCAGCAGCAGCCGCAGCACGGGUCCGGGUACGGAAGUGUGGGUCGCGGCGGAGUCAAGGGAGGCCCCAGUCACUUCUGUGGCCCACUAGACCCGUCAGCCAUCUACACCACGGUCAACAAGGCAGGCAAGAAGUCCAACGCGGCUCCUGCCGCAGCCACGGGCAGCGCUCUCCAGCCGUGCAACUUAUGUCGGAAGAAGUGUGUCAAUCCGCCUUCCACCUACUGCAAUGACUGCGAUUUCUACAUGUCCAGGUUUAAGCCGAAGGCUUAAUACUCACAUCCUCUUGUACAUAUUGCCAGUGAUUCAGUCGUAAGUUUAUGCAUCGUAACCAAACCACAGUGUCAUAAAAACAACAAAUAUUCUCAGUAACAAAAAGACAUGACAAAUUAUUGUCGUAAAUAAUUCUUGAAGUCGCACUUGAGAAAUUGUUUGAUAUUCAGGGGAAGACACCGACCAUGUUUAAGAAAAAUCCCCUCCAUUGUGAAGCCAGUGUUGUUCUUUUAAUGUAUCUUUAGAACUAUAACUCUUAUUACUAAGAGUUGAACUGUUUACCAUGUAUUUAUUUUUUAAGACUUUGUUAGUACUUAAUCACCUGUACCUGUUAUGCUAUUUGAUGACUGAGCAACACUUUGGUAACACAAAAUAUGACCUGGCGACUUGGAGGAAGAACUUGAUGUGGUGACUAAUAGACGUACCUGUGCUGUGAGGAGCCUUCGUCUUGGUUCAGCUCGCCGGCAAGCAACGGAGGUUCCAGAAUUUUCUUUCAUUGUGAUACUAAGUUAUGGAUCUCAGUAGUAGCAAGUUAAGCUGUAUUAUUACUGUUGUUUUAUAUUUGUAUUUAUUGUACAGUCACAAAGCUUUUUUUCUGCACGCUUCUGAUUGUGUGCUUGUGAAUCUGACUUGUUAUGUGCCAAAUUGUGUACAUAUAUAUGUUGUACAAACAAAUUACUCUAUAAAUUCUUCUGUAUAUUGCUGUUUUUGUAUGUUUUGUAAUAAACAGAGCUCUAUGACGCUACAACAAUA